CAUUUCAUAUACAUUGUGUUAUAGUUGUUCAUGCAUAUCACAUUAGUGUAAUUUGCAUAAAGGAUCAUCUUUCAGACAGCUGGAAACUUUCAGAAUUGUGAGCUGAUUUGCAAUUUUUGCGGUUAUGAAUAAGCCUAGUCAGUCUUUCUGUGCUUGGCAUCUGCUGUCACUCCUACCACACAUUGGUCCCAAAAUGUCAGCUGUGGACAUAGUGUAAAUUUGCUAGGAAUAUAAUUUGUUCUCUCCGCAAGCCGUGAUCAUACAAUUUUUGUUCUCCCUCCCCAGAGCUGAAAGCAAGUUUCAGACACUGGUCAGACAUGGCUUCAGCACAGCAAAGGGCAUUGCCUCAAAGCAAGGAGGCAUUGCUGAAAUCCUACAAUAAGAGGUUGAAAGAUGAUAUCAAGUCAAUGCUUGACAAUUUUGUUGAGAUCAUAAAGCUGGGCAAGAUCGAGGACGAGACGCAGGUGACGCGACUGACGCAGUCAGGCCAGGACAUGUUCGAGAUGCACGUCCGGGCGGCCAACAUCGUGCGGGCGGCUGAGUCGCUGACGAAGCUCAUCUCCGACAUCAAGCAGUAUCUCAUCCUCAACGACUUCCCGUCGCUCAACGAGGCCAUCACGGAAAACUCGCGUAUGGCGCGCGCCACGCAGCUGGAAAUCGAUAAGAAGCUGACAGACCUCAAGGACGACAUGGCGCGUGACCUGUACGAGCUCGAGGACGAAUACUACUCUAGUGUCUACAAGUAGCGUCCAACUAGUUAACGGUGCGAUUGGUGCCCAAGCCUCCGGCUGCUGGUCAGUUACGACACGCUGGCGCAGCAUUUACAGUCGUACGAUGCUGCCAGGUGGGAUUUGCCGGGGAUGCUGGUGCAUGCGCCACCUGGAGCAAUUUGCAUGCUCUCGGCACGUUUUUUGCGAACGGUUAAUUUUUCAGAGAAGUGACGUGGCCCAUGUGCGUACUGGAGUGCGGGUGGCACCAGUGUCGCUAAGCUCCUGUUGGCUCGUGCGCUGUGCUCUGGGGCGCUCGCCUCUGAAAGCAGCGCUUGUGGCCGUUGCUAGGCGCCAGUGUCCACGCCCCCUUAGAAGCAGAUCAAUAUUCUGGCCCGCAGACGAUAUCACGUCGAAGCCGCGAGUCGGCGCCUGCCGCGCUGUUGCCGUGCUUCCACCCGGACCCGUGUUUGGGCAGGCCCUUAGGCGACCGUAGCGAUUGAGUAGCUUGUCCAAAGGAGGGAGGUGUGCGUCUGUAGUGAUCACUCGGCCGAUCCACCAACGCGGGAGGUCUCUGUUUGCUGGUCUACUCAGGAUUGGCUAGGCUAGGCUGGUCGAUGUGCGGUACAGUAGGUGAGAGUGUAUAAUUCCCCACUGGCAUCACAUGUUAAACGGUGUUCGCGGUCAUGGAUGUCUGGUGAGGAUUUGAAUACACAUGUAUAAAUCC